AUGGGUAGAUGUCAAAACAUGCAUGAGCUAAUAUCUUCGGUGUAUCCUCUGUUCGGAAUGGAUGAACCAAUGUCACCCGAAUACUUAACCGAGAGGAUCAUUUUAUCUCCACGUUAUGAAGACGUCCAUAAGAUUAAUAUGGAUGCAUUAGAAAGAUUACAUGGGGAGACUUACACGUAUUUUGCUGCUGACAAAAUGAUUCGGGAUGAUCAUAGAAGGGAUUCGGAUUUUACAACUGAAUUUCUCAACAAUUUAAGUCCAUCAGGAUCACCUCCAUUUAAGCUAGAUCUCAAAGUUGGAUGUCCCAUUAUGUUGCUGAGAAAUCUAGCACCGAAAGUAAGCCUUUGUAAUGGUACAAGACUGGUGGUGACGAGGUGCGGACGACACGUGAUUGAAGCUAAAAUCAUAACCGGAGAAAAAGCUGGUGAAGUAGUGUUCAUCCCUAGAAUAACUUUUCAACCUUCAGCUUCAGAGCUAAACAUGCAAAUGGAAAGACGUCAAUUCCCCAUACGCGUUGCAUAUGCGAUGACUAUUAACAAAUCCCAGGGACAAUCGGUGAAGUGUGUGGGCAUUGAUUUACGUGCUCCAGUAUUUAGUCAUGGCCAGCUAUAUGUCGCAUUGUCCAGGUGUACUGCUGCAAGGAGAAUUACUUUAUUAUUUCCAAAUGAAACAAAUGUGUCUUUAGAUCCGAUAAAAAAAAAUGUAGUGUAUCAUGAAGUAUUAUUGUAG